GGAGAGGAGAGGGAGGGAGGGAAGGGAAGUCCUGCAGCCAGUCACCCAGACAAGCCCAAAGCCAGACACAGUGUGGUAUUCCCUACUGGAGGAUCUUCCGGCAUCCUCACACGCCCCUCAAGGAUGCCGCCGACACACACCACAUGGCCGCUUGGGAGUGAGGAAGAAUGAGGUCUUUCUCUAACUUGGAGGAGGAGGAGGAGCUGGCCUGAAGGAGUGGAGGAAAGGAGAGAAUAGAGGAGAGAGAAGGGACAGGUUACCAUGGCCAUUCCCUUCACCCUCUGUGGCCUCCUUCUGACCAUGGCCGCCCCAAGUCUGGCCUAUAAGAUCUUCACUCUGGAUGCGGCGAAGGUGUGUAACCAGACUAUCUACCUGGAUGAAGGAGCCAAGUCAGCCGCCAUCCUCACCCUCACCACCAAGAGCUCCUACGACUUCACCCCCAUGCUCUGCCUCAUCCGUUUCAUCGCCCCCAUGCACAAGUGGUCUGGACUUACUGGUGUGCUGGAAGAAAUUGACCUACGGCGGAUUGAAGACCCCACCAGGCACCGCGACCCUGAGAACAUGUGCCUCGACUAUAUACUGGUCGAGGCGCUCACGGACAAGACAGAUAAGCCGCAGGGUCGGCAGUGCGGGACAUGGUCUGUGGGCGGCCAGGACAAGCUCAGUGACUUUGGGCACCGACGAGCGCUGAUUGGUUACUGCCCCUCCCCCCAUGCCACCUCUGGAAUGGGCAUGCAGCGCUGUGGGGUGUCGCAGAUCCUGGUGGAGGUGUCGGUUGGUCAGGAGAGGGAAGAGUUGCCGCCCCAUAGUAACAUAAAGUGGCGUCAUUACCGAGGGUUCACGCUGGUCGUCACUGCGUAUUCGUACUCCUACCGGGAGAGCGAGUGUGGUGUGGGCUUGCGUUCGUGCGGGGCAGCGGACCGCGAGGGGCUGCAGCACAAGUGUAUCCACCAGUCGCUGUGGUGUGACCAUCAUAUCAACUGCGGCCAACCUCAUAACCUGGACGAGAUCUCCUGCUUCAACUCUUAUGUGACGAUGGAGGGCCUGGUGCCAGUCAUGGUUGGUCCGUGGGUUGGUGCCGCCCUGCUCUUGCUGCUGCUGCUGGCCGGGGUGGUGUAUUGGCGCCGCGCUCGCCCCCCCGCACCAAGGGAUCCACGCCCCCCGCAGGAACUCAACUCCUAUGCUGAGUCCUAUGAGGUCUCGUCCACUCUGUCUUCAGCGCACCACAUGGCUAUACAGGUUCGAGUGGUCUGCAACUCCGGGCAUGGCGUCGGGGGCAGCGGUCCAGGCCACCUCAGCAGCAGCCAGGCGCCCCCUCGCUCCCUGCACCGAUGGCCAGGACACACGCCCCCUACCAUGGACCUGCCCCCCUCCUACGACUCCCUCUUCCCCCACGGCCCUCCCUCACCCCGGGGCUGCAUGUCGGCUGCCCCGCCCACCCCCGCGUCAGCCGCCAGUCUCGACAUCACCGCCACCACCACCUCCAUGCUGUCCCUCGGGUCAAGUCAAGGUGGCGUUUCCCCUGGGCAUGGGUACCCUAGUGCUGGGCCGGCCGCCACCACCACACAAACGUCAAACAUCGUCAUCCCUCUGAGUGCCAUAUGUAGCCCGACACGUUCGAGUGCCGUCGCGAAAUCCACCGCCACAGCGAGUCACGGCACUGCAGAAGGGUCAAACACAUCCACGGCUGUCGGUAGUGGUUCGCCAAAGCCCUUGACAUCCACAGCCCAACCCGACGGGCAUUCGGUUGAGUUCACGCCUCUCGUACAACCGGAAGACUCAGCCAUCUCCCUCUCAAGCCUCUGUAGUGGAGGGGAGCACUCGGCGCUGUUGGAUAAUGCCCCACACAGCUUGCACCACCACGCCAGUCACCCCCAUGCCUCCCCUGGUCCUGGUGUGGCGUUCCAAAGCCUGCCUCCCUAUGCGGCCCCUUCAGAAGCCUUGCAGGACCCCCCGGAGUACACCACAAGCUACCUGCCUCCAGACUAAGAGUAAUGAACUGCUGGAAGUGUUGAUGUACUAGGGGAAACUCAUGAAAGUGGAAGAGAUGAAGUGAGUGAAUGAGAGAAUGGAAGAAAGUAGUGAAAGAAAAGUAAGAGAAUGUGAAUGAAAGAGGAGAAAGUUAUAAAGAAAAGUAAUACAACAUGAAUGGAUGAAAGACUUUUUGGAGACAGUCUUUGAUGGGGUGAGUUAAAAGGAGUGAGAAAUGAGAUUACUAGAGUUAAAAGUAGUAGGAAAUGAGACCAAUAGCAAUGGCAGUCAUCCACCAGGUGCUUCAGGGCAUGUAUUAGGGAAGAAUAAUGAAGUAAAAGAGUAAAUGUGUGAAAAGCUUACAUUACAGUCUUAUUAAUGUGAUGCGUUAGAGUGAGAAAUAAGAUAGAAAGAGAUACAGAAGGACUGGAGGACAUAGAGGAGGAUAGAUAGAAUGUUUUAGGGGCUGGAAAACCAUAUCAGUCUCUCAUUUGGCUUAUGAGAUGGGCAGAAAUGUCAUGAAGGCAGAUUUUAGAACACUCAACAUGCCUGACAGGAUUGAGAGGAGGAUAGAUAGAAUGUUUUAGGGGCUGGAAAACCAUAUCAGUCUCUCAUUUGGCUUAUGAUAUGGGCAGAAAUGUCAUGAAGGCAGAUUUUAGAACACUCAACAUGCCUGACAGGAUUGAGAGGGGGAAAAAAUCUGCCAGUAAUUGAUUUUUGAAGUACGGGAGAGCUUUUGCCAGAGUGCCAUAGUGGAAAAGAGGUGCACAAAUGAUAUAAUACUCAGUUUGUUAGUCUUAGGGUCGUAUUACAAGUCGAAUCCGAGAAGUUUUUUGGUCCCAUCAGAGUCAUUCAUCCCAAACUCAGUAGGGACCCGAAACUUCUAGGAUUUGACUUGUAAAACGCUCCCUAAACCGACCUUUGUAUGGACCCGAAACUUCUCUGAUUCAUAUACUGAUUUGUUAUGAGAAAGUUGAUAGUGUGAAGAAAAAGUCAGAAAAUAAGAUAUAUAAUUUUCUAGGAACUUAGAAAAUGAAGAUGAAUUUUCAGACACACUAAAAGAUAAUGGAAUUUCUUUGUGAUCAAUUUUCUUGUAACUAAUACAGUGCUAGUCUUUGAAUGAGAAACUGGAAAGCCUUACUCACACAUGUAUUUAUGCUUGAUCGUGGAUGAAGUGGCAAGAUCGACAUUGAGGCUUUUUCUAUAAGGUAUGAAAGGCUGGUUGGAUUUUAUAGUAGAAUGACAUAAGGUGAAUUUUUCUUCUCGACAUUUGAAUAGGGAGAGAGAAGGCUUCGUUAAUAUUAAAAGGAGGUCUGGAAAGCAUUUAACCCGGUAGCAGCGACGGGCCAAAUUUGUGGCUUUACCGUGUACCAGCGAUGGGCCAAAUUUUUACCAUGAUAUAAACCCCGCAAAUAGAGGAUGCGUAAACUGAUCACAAAUGCAUUGGUACUAUAUAUUAUGAAAUGGUUUGCGUGAGUGAUGAUUUUUUCUCAUUAAUUCGCUUAGAGGGGCCUUUAAGAUACAUGAUCCCCGCACCUACCGGGUUAAAUUGAGAUCAAACCAGAAGAGGAGGAGGAGGAGAAGGAAGAUGAGGAAGAAGAAUGAUAUUAAACAUGAUAUUACACUAUUAUUAUUAUUAUUAUUAUUAUUAUUACUAUUAUUAUUAUUAUGUUUAAGGAGGAGAAUAAUGUGAUGAUGCCUUCAAUGUGAUGUUAGGUGUAGAAGAUGAGAAUUAAUGUGUUAGUAGUAGCAGUAGUAAUAGUAGUAGUGUAACCGUAUGUGUGUAGGAGUGAAGGACAAUAAAGAAGAAAUACUGAAAAAAUUGGGGAAGAAAAAUGUAGAAAAAAUAAAAAUAAUGUCAUAAUUUUCUAAAACAGGAAAUAGAAAGAAGUUUGAGAUGCCAUAGAUUAUAGAAAGAAGACAUUUUUUUUCUCAUAUAUAGAUUUUGUAGUUACUGAUGUGUUAACUUUGGAAAGGAGGAAGAACAUUAUAUCUAGUUUAAAUUUUCUAAAACUAUAUUAGAGGAAAAGUUAGGCAGGAUAGUUAAAAGAUUGAUACAAAGAAGACAUUUUUUUUCCCCAUAUAUAGAUUUUGUAGUUACUGAUGUGUUAUGACUUUCUGAAGAGGAGAUAAAAAGAGAGUUAUAAUUUUCUAAAACUUAAUAGAAGGAAAGUUAGGCAGAAUAGACUAAAAAGAAUUAUAGAAAGACAUUUUUUUCUCCAUUUUUAGACUUUGUAGUUACUGAAGUGUUAUGACUUUCUGAAGAGGAGGAAGAAAAAGAUAUCUAGUUUAAAUUUUCUAAAUGAGUGAAGCAAAAGAAGCCCUAGUUAUGAUUGACUAUUAUAGAAGGAAUAGAUUUUUUUCCCACAUAUAGAUUUUGUAGUUACUGAUUUCUUAUAACUAUCUGAAGAGGAGUAAUAAAGAUACAUACAAUUUUUUUAAACUAAAUAGAGAAAAAGUUAGGCAGAAUAGAGUUAAAAAAAUUAUAAAAAGAUUUUUUUUUUCGAUUUUUAGAAUUUGUAGUUACUGAUUUGUUACAUUUCUGAAGAGGAGGAAGAAAAAGAUAUCUAGUUUAAAUUUUCUAAAAGAGUGAAGAAAAAGAAGCCCUAGUUAUGAUAGACCAUUAUAGAAGGAAUAGAUUUUUUUCCCAAUUAUAGAUUUUAAAGUUACUGAUUUGUUAGGAGAAAUUUGACAGUGUGAAGAAAGAGUGAAAAAGUAAGAUAUAUAAUUUUCUAGUAACUUAGUAUAUGAAGAUAAAUUUUCAGGUACAUAAAAAAAUAAUGGAAUUUCUUUUUGAUAAAUUUUCAAGUAAUAUAUGAAGGUAAAUUUUCAGGUACAUAAAAAAAUAAUGGAAUUUCUUUGUGAUAAAUUUUCAAGUAACAAUAUAUGAAGGUAAAUUUUCAGGUACAUAAAAAAAUAAUGGAAUUUCUUUGUGAUAAAUUUUCAAGUAACAAUAUAUGAAGGUAAAUUUUCAGGUACAUAAAAAAAUAAUGGAAUUUCUUUGUGAUAAAUUUUCUAGUAACUGAAUAUUAUAAAGAUGAAUUUUCAAGCACACAAAAUAUAAUGGGAGUUCUUUGUGAUAAAUUUUCAAGUAACUUAAUAUAUGAAGGUAAAUUUUCAGACUUACAAAAAAUCUGUGGCAUUUCUUUGUGAUAAAAAUUUCUGUUAACUGAAUGCAAAGACAAAUUUUCAGGCACACACAAAAGGUAUUUCUUCAUGAUGAUUUUUUUUGUAUAUAUUUAAAUGUUAAUAAUAAUGUUUCUUUUUUCACUUUCUGAAGCAGUUCUAGUGCAAACCAAAGUCAUAUAAUAUAGUUUUCUAAAGCUAAAUGUAGAGUAAGAAUUUUUAGGCCUAGAUGUAGAAUGUGAUUUUUUUAUAAUAUUCUUUUUAUAUAUGGUAGAUUUAUUUUUAUUUUUAUGGUCAUGUAUGCAAAAAAUGAAUACACACACACACACACACACACACACACACACACACACACUUACACACACUAACAGGAAC